AUGAAUUUCAUUAAAGAAGAGGAAAAGGACAAGUGUGUGGAGGGACAGGGACUGAAGUUAUUCUAUCUCAAAUCGAGCAAGGAAAAAGAAUACCAGUUGCACAUGGAUGUAUGUCAAGCCAUUGUAGAAGAUUGUCCUUUGUUAGAAGUGUACGUUGUUAGUCGAAUGGAAGGAAGUAAUGCAAGCGGAGCAUUUGAAUUGUAUGAGAAUGGCCAGCUCAUAAAAAAAUUUACUAACUGCAAUAUUUCAACAGUUACGUCUUUCAUUAGGAAAUAUAUUCAAAAGGGAGACUCUUCCAAGGAGGCUACACAAAGUGGUGAAUGUGAUUCCACAGAAAAAUCAGACACAGUGAAAAAGAUAGAGCACUUAAUAGGGAGCAACAAAAUAAUUCUCUUCAUGAAGGGAAGCAAAUCAUUCCCUCAAUGUAAAUUUAGUAACGCGGUUGUGUUCAUGCUGAACAGCUGCAAGGUUAAGUACAAUACAUUUGAUAUUCUACAAGACCAGGAUGUACGUAAUGAAUUAAAGAUUUAUUCCAACUGGCCAACCUACCCGCAGCUCUACAUCAACAAGGAGUUGAUUGGCGGCCACGAUAUUAUUAAGAGCAUGUACGACAGUGGCGAGUUAAGGGACGUGGUGCCGGAGGACUGCUUUGAGGCGUGA